CUCUAAAUAUUAUUUUCCCGACAGCCACCUGCCAGAAUGUCCGUAGAUCCGCCUUUCUGGGUGAAAUUCCUGAGAGCCACCUGCUUGGCUCCAUGCACGCAGCACCCUAACCGGAGUUUGCUGGCACAGCCACCUGUAGUUGCCACACAGCAGCAGCAUCAUGAUUGAGGCUGGGAGGCAGAGUGUAACGACAGAAAGUUCCUUUUAGUUCUCACUGCGGCUUUUUAACUCUUUUCGCUCACGUGCUUAGCCUUCAUGCGGCUUUCUUUGGUCGCCACGUGCAGCCCUUUCAGGGACCAAAGCGUGCAGUGCCGAGUUGAAGCCGAUUCGAACGUAUUCGAGCGUUCUCUGAUGUGUAGUGAGAUUGCCUUCCUUUUCGACCUUUGGAAACCCGAGGGUCAUCACCCAGGGAGGCAAGCAUGAGUCAGAUACGGACAGUAGGGUGAACAGGUGGUGCCGACCUGAAUGCAAGAAUUGUCGUCUAACUGUUCCGAUGCCAAUCAAGCCGCAUUGCACCGCCUAGAUGCUCCCGUGCACAUACCAGGGGCUGCGCCAAUCGUUUUGUGAGCUUUGGACCAAUAGCAUGACACCCCACAUAAUUUUUUCUCUGGUCGCACUCAGCAGCUCUGGCAGCGGAGCCGCACUUGUCAGGCGGUAUCUGAAGAGCCUUUUCAGUGCUAAUCCUUUGGCCGCCUACAUUGUACAAGAGAUUGAUAUGUCUGGUGGCUGCUUGCCGCUGCUCACAUUCCUCCUGCCCGCCCGGUUGUGAGCGUUAGUAAGUGACUUCAUCAAUUGCGUGAUGGCCAUCACCUUGAGCCUGCUUAAGGAACUGACUGAGCCUUUGCCCUGUCUGUCCCACCUGACGCGAUCUGGUGGCGCUGUCUGUCGAUUUCAAAUGGGACGACCAGCUAGCACAGGCUGUCAUAUCGUGAUCAGCAGAAUUUCAUUCUCCUCGAGCCUCUCCUUCUCCACUAAUCCCUUUCCAAGGUUUCCACCUCCACCUCCCAUUUAGCCCAGCCUUAUCACAGCCGAAGCUUGAAUUUCGUUUGAUUAAUUUCUCGAUUUCUCAUUGUGAAUGGAUCGCGACGAGCUCAAGCUGACGUUAGGCUCUCCCUACACGUCAACCUCUGCAUCUACCGAGUCCCGGCAGCUCCCAAUGCUUUCCCUUCCGGAGUCCAGCAGCAGCAUUCCGGAUAUGGUUCCUGCACUGGCAAUGUCGGAUUUCAAAUUUGAACCGACGAGCAAGCGGCUGAAGCUUGAUGUGGAGAAGACGGAUAUUGCGAAUGGAGAUGCUAAAAAGGUGGCACUAACCCCGGAAAAUUCACUUGCGCCAGUCACUCCAGCGCAGAGUGCGGAAUUUGAGGUGGAUCAGAAGAAGAAGCACAGGUUCUCUGGAGUUUCCUCUGAUCCAAGCGGCAGAUGGGAGGCCUAUCUGUACAACUCCAGGCGAAAAAUUUACCUUGGAAAUUGGGAUGAUGAGAAGGACGCUGCAAAGGCUCAUGACAGAGCAGCAAUUUCAAUUUUUGGAAGGCAGUGCACAACAAUUAACUUCCCUCUCUCAGAUUAUGGGGAUGAGGUUACAGUUUUGGAGAUGCUACCAGCUGAGCAAGUCAUAUUCUCUCUCAGGACGGAGGCGAAGCACAGGCGCAGACUCAGCAAGCUUGCCGGCAAGAAGGAUCUAUCCGGAGGAACUCACAAUGGUUUUCAUGCAAAUGAUGUGGUGGAUGGCAAGUCCCCGUCUGCUACUGGAGCUUUCCCAUGGCAAUUUUUUCCAUGCGACAAAGGAAGCAACUCAGGCUUCAUUUUCAACUCCAGCAUGCCGUCAUACAAGCUGCCUGGGGCUCGUAACCAAGCGGGCAACAGUGCUAAUCACCAGGCGCCAACAUCCUCAGUGCAGCUGCAGAAGGGAGCACGUGUCCUUGUCGCUCCUCCUCAGCCUCUUCUUGUUGGGAAAGAGGGCAAGACCACACCCCACCAUGCAAGGAAGAGGCGCCUGCAGAAUGGCCUCCCUGGUAUGGGAGUCUUGCAAAUGGCACACGAGCCGUUUAUGGAGGGCUGUGAAGUGCAAGGGAAGCACAGUAACAGGGGCGAUUCCGGUAUGCCCUGCAUUGCUGACAGUAUGGUGCACCCAAUGCUGAGCCAGCAUGCCUUAAUUCACAGGCCAACAGCCCACUUGGCAACAUCUCAACCAGGUUCCUGGGCACUGGAGACAAAGGCCAAGAAGUGCAACGCAGCAACAAGCACUGAUUCGGUGUCUGCUACACACGGCAAGCCAGCAUUCUCUCACAAUCCCAGAAGCCCUUUCAAGCGUGUGGAGAGGAAGCCUAUUACCAGCACAUGUCUUCUUUCGCUGGGUGGAUUUUCUUAGUGGAAGGACCUACAAUCAUGUGCGUACAAGACAAAGUCUCCACAAUCUAGGACUGCAGCUGAGGGGGCGUGGUUAAGGCAGCAACAACUGCUCUAGCACGUGCUUCAAGUUCUUUCAAGUACUCUCCAAGUAUCCUCUGCUCGUAUGAGCCGCUUUCCUGCAGCCACAAGUGCACGCAGCCAGUCAGUGGAAAGGGGGUUAGCGACUGAACUCCAGCUUCCUGGUGCUGAUAGAGGUGUGAGUGGGAUCAAAGUCGGCCACUUACUGUGCGCAUAAACAUUCGCUCUGCUCUCCUCUCGAGUGCAGAGAACAGCUCAGCUUCUGGAAGGCUUCCACCUCCACAGGUGAGGCGGGAUUGAAGAAGUGACUCCCAUGUCUCUUCAGGAGCUGCAAGCAUUUCGUUUCCAUUUUCGUCAGCCAUUCUUUGAAUUCUUAGUUA